AUGUCAAAAGCAGUGACAACACCACGUAUGAAGGAGUUAAAAGACGUAAAAGAAGCUGAUGCUCAACGAAAUCGUGAGUUUCUUGAUGUUUUAGAGGGGAACAAAGUGAGCGGAGAAUUUGCGGUAUCAUUGUCAGAAAACGAUGUGCCUCCUUUUCUACAACAACAGCAAGUUGCGAGUCCUGCUUUGUUUCGUCUUACAAAUGUAAAUCCGUUGAUUCUCGUCUUUGAUGGGCCUCCAGGUGCUCAAUGCCAGAAAACUUUGAACAUCGCAAACGUCUCCAACGAUCGCAUUGCCUGGCGUGUGCUCUCCAAUGCGCCAACUCGUUACGUUGUCUCACCAAACAAAGGAUUUCUAUUUAAGCAGGAAAAAAUUGCUGUACAAGUGAUUCUGCUUAACGGUGCAAAAUAUCAUCGUCGCCACGCUUUUGUAGUCCAAGUGAAACCAGCUAGAAUGGAGGAGAACAACCGCAAGCUAACGUGGAGAGAUAUGUCUGCAGCAGAAGCAAAAGUUGUCCAAAACACGAGAAUAGGAACCUUGUGCCCAGCUAGCGUGGAUCUGACACCAGGUCUGUCUUGAUU